AUGGCAGACGCAACAUCCACACCGGCAAAGCGUAGCCGCGUCUUCUUUGACAUCUCAAUUGGCAAGAACUCAGAAGGCCGAGUCACUUUCGAGCUCUACAACGAUGUCGUCCCCAAGACCGCUGAAAACUUCCGCGCUCUCUGCACCGGGGAGAAAGGUGAGGGCAAGGCUGGCAAGCUGCUCUCGUACAAGGGCUCUACUUUCCACCGGGUCAUCAAACAAUUUAUGAUCCAGGGAGGUGACUUCACAGCUGGUAAUGGAACUGGUGGGGAGUCGAUUUACGGCAGCAAAUUCGAGGAUGAGAACUUCGACCUUAAGCACGAGAAGCCAUUCUUACUCUCCAUGGCCAAUGCUGGCCCAGGUACCAAUGGCUCUCAAUUCUUCGUCACCACAGUCCCAACCCCCCAUCUCGACGGAAAGCACGUAGUCUUCGGCGAAGUCCUCAACGGCAAAUCUAUCAUCCGCAAGAUCGAGAACUUGCCUACCCAGCCCGGUGACAAGCCCAGCAAAGAAGUCACCAUCACAAACUGCGGCGAGUUGACCGGCGAAGAAGCUGACGCGGCCGAGACCAAGGCUCCAGAUUCCACCGGCGACACAUACGAAGACUUCCCAGAGGAUCAAGCUGGCGAGAAAUCCGCUGCAUACAUCCUCGAGGUGGCUACAGCCUUGAAGGGUUUUGGUAACACAGCUUUCAAGAGCGGGAAUUUGAGUGUUGGCUUGGACAAGUAUCAGAAGGGUCUCAGAUAUCUAAAUGAAGAUCCAGAUCUGGAGAAAGAGCCUGCCGAGACAAAGGCAGCUCUUAACGCUCUGCGCUUUACGUUGAAUUGCAACUCAGCUCUCCUGGCCAAUAAGCAGAAGGACUUCGCGGAGGCACUGAGAUGCGCUUCUGCUGCUUUGGACGUCUCUGACAUCUCGGACACGGAUAAAGCCAAGGCUCUGUACCGUCGUGCUAUCGCUGAGAUUGCGCUGAAGGAUGAGGAGGCUGCGCUGACGGACUUGACUGAGGCCAACAAGCUCGUUCCUGGGGAUGCAGCGAUCGCGAAAGAGCUGGCAGCUGUGAAGAAGAGCGCUGCUGAGCGGGCCAAGAAGGAAAAAGCUGCGUAUAGCAAGUUCUUCUCAUAG